AUGGCCGCCGCCGACUCCCCCUUCUCCAAGGCGUUCGCUUCCUUAUCGGUCGCAUCGCCCACCCCUGCCUCGGACUUGGGCGACAAUACCACCUCGGCCUCCGACGCGCCCUCCCCACAAGGCUCGACCAAGACCGAGACCGGCAGCAAACGAUCCGACGAGAGACUGGCCGCGUCCUCACCCAGUCUCUCCGGAAGAGAUAGGGGCCCCGGUCGUUUUGGUGGUAUGGCUGAGAUGGGCUUCCGUUCAGACGACGAUGAAGAGACCUCCCCCACGUUCGCUUCCAACCGCGCCCAGAGUCAGAGUGUCUUUGAGAGCAGGAGCCGUAGUCACACCAUCCCAGGCGAUCCGAAUGCCACUCUGGUCCAGUACGUCCAUCCGAUGAGCCGGGUUGAGAGAGCGGAGCGCAGCGACUGACAUGCGGCCUUGGACCGCCCACUGUCACUACAGGAUGAUCAACGCCUUGGCAGCCGACGAGCAGGAUAUGUCCUCCGACGAGGCUACAUCCGAUGGAGGAUCGUCCUUGCAACACCCCGGCUUGAUCGACCAACGUUCGAUCGAAGAAUCGACCUCGGAAGAAAGCGCCUCCGAAGACGAUAAAGACCAUCCCGAGGGCGAGGCGGACCCUCAACUUUUCAACGAUCGACGAGCCAGCGAUGCUUCGAGAAGGACGGCCACCGCCAGCAAAGUUGCGGACACGUCUGCUUCGCCCGAACGCGAUCCGUCAGAUGAGGACCCUACCUCGUCAUUCUUGUCCGUCGCGAACGCCCGGGAGAGGGGGCCGACUAUCUCACGCGGCGCGGACGAGAACAUGACAUCCUCGAUCUACGCCAUCCACCGACCCAUCGCUGCUCAGCGACGCACCUUCACCGGCGAAGCCGGCGAGGCCAUCAAAGAUGGCGUGUACGCUCAUCAGGGCGAGGAGUCGCAAUCCAUUUCAGAAGAUCAUUCCGACGAAGAACACGACGAGCAUUCAUCGAACUUGGACCAAGGGGCUGCCCUCAUCAAGACGAGGAGCAGCCGCAGCAGCACGGUCGUUAGCGGCGGGAGCGUCGCCCGUAAGAAGCAACUUGCCGAUAAGCUGACCGAUAUCUUUGGGUUGCUCGACUCUGAGGAGGUCAUUGCCGGUGAGUGCAAGCGUUGUCUCAUCAGUCUGCAACCGGCUAUGCGCCUCGCUGACGCUGCUUCUCUUCUCCAAAACUACAGAGUACCCUUGCUGGCUGUUCCGUUCGGUUCUAUUGCAAGGCUUCCUCUACCUUACUUCGGGCCAUAUCUGCUUCUAUGCGUACCUCCAGGCUAAAGAGGGUGCCGUCAUUCGUUCCGGAGGCUUGUCGGUCCGCACCGCUCGCACGCGCCGAUAUUACAAACACUGGUUCAUCCUCAAGGAUUCGGUCCUGAGUUGGUACCCAAGCUCUACCGACCCGUUCUUCCCUGAUGGACACAUCGACCUGCACUAUUGCACCUCCGUCGAGUCGUCAAAGCACGCCACGCACUUCAAGGUCGCUACGGCCGAGAAGAGGUGGCAUUUCAGCGCCGAUAGCGAGGCCUCGCGUGACGAGUGGGUCAAGACGCUCAAAAAGGCCGUGUUCCGCUGCCAGAACGAAGGCGAGAGCGUCAAGAUCUGUAUUCCUUUGGAGACGGUCGUCGACAUCGAGUUUUCAAACAACCUCGAGUUCGCCGAAACGAUCCGGGUCCGAGUGUACGACUCGAACGAGGGCUAUGCGCUCGACGACUAUUGGCUGGCGUACUUUUCUGACAUCCACCUCGCGCUCGACAAGAUGAAGGAGGUUUUGGAAACGUUCCGCAAGGCACACCCCGAACGAUUGCUAUACGGUGAGCCCCAGUCGAUUGCCGAUACCACCGUCGAAGCCGCCGCUGCGGCUGCUGGAGACAAGCUGGAGGAGCAGACGACGAACGCCAGCGGUUUGAGCCGCAUUUCGUUGCAACACAGGCAAGGCAGUUGGUCGACGAUGCGGAGCUCUCGUUUACGAUUGUUUCCCUCGUCGAACCAUUCGGAUCGACCCUCUCCUUCACCAUUGUCGCCCGCCGACAGCAGGGGCAGUCAGACCUCGGCGCAGACAACUAUGUCGCCCACCCGAGGGCUGAGCUCCGAGAGCAGCGAUAGCGACCACAGAUACCCUCCCUAUCCGUCGCCCAACGCUUCGGUCGAGUCUGCCAAGUCGCCGCACAAUUGGUCGUUGCCUUCGCUCUCGUCCGUGUCGUCGUGGGUCAAGGCGCCGCCUCGGCUUCUGCUCCAGGCGGCCACCUCACCCUCCUUGCGCAAUGCGAGCAACAACAAGAACCCGUGCCGCAAGAUUGUCGAGACGAUCUCGCGUGGACCCAAGUCAGCCAGCUCGCUCGGGCCCGAGGCCGAUUAUAGUCUGGGUCUGGAGCACCAAGAGACGGAGGAUGCAUCGAAUGCCGACGAGGACGACGAGGACGAAAAACGCGACGAGAGGGUGCGCAAGGCCUUUGGACUCUCUGAGAAGGAGCACACACUGGCUCACUUCUCCGGGUUCCUCUACCGAGGAGUUCCGAUCUACGGCAAGAUGUACAUCACGACCUCGUUUUUGUGCUUCCGGUCGAUCAGCUUGCUGGCCCACGCGAAGAUGUGCUUGCCGCUGGCCGAGGUCAUUGGGGUCUCGCACCAUCGGUCGUAUCGCAUCGGUUAUUCGGGCAUGGUCGUCACCAUCAAGGGCCACGAAGAGCUCUUCUUUGAGCUGCACACCUCGAAGCGCCGAGACACGUGCAUGCAAGCGAUCGAAUCCCAAGUCGAGUUCAUUCGCAAGGAGCUCUCGGAGGGCAAGACACCCGGCGAUACGCUCGCGUACCGGGAGCACUUGACACUGAUGGACCUGGCGGCCUCGAAAGCGUCCGACUCGAGUGAACCUCGGCCCCAAUCCGAGUCCAAGGAAGGACAACCUCCCGUUAUGUUUAACUCGACCACGUCCGACUUUGUCACGUUCAAACCGGAGAAGUCACUUAAGUUCACCUGCAUGACGAUCGGCAGUCGAGGCGACGUUCAGCCUUACAUCGCUUUGUGCAAAGGUCUCAAGGCCGAAGGCCAUAAAGUCAAGAUUGCGACCCAUGGCGAGUUCAAAGAAUGGGUCGAAGGGCACGGCAUCGAGCACGAGGAGAUUGGUGGUGAUCCCGCCGAGUUGAUGCAGCUCAUGAUUGCGCACGACUUUUUCACCAUCGCUUUCAUGAAGGAAGCGGUCGGCAAAUUCCGAGGUUGGCUCGACGACCUGCUCGAGACGGCUUGGAAGGCGUGCCAAGGAGCCGAUGUCCUGAUCGAAUCGCCGAGCACUUUCGCGGGUUAUCAUGUAGCAGAGGCUCUGCGUAUUCCUUACUAUCGGUACGUCUUCGAAUAUGCUUGAGUCGUGUUGAUGCAUCCGAGUGACUGACCGUUCGGGCCCCUUCGGCGUGCAGAGCAUUCACGAUGCCGUGGUCAAGGACACGAGCCUAUCCUCACGCCUUUGCGGUGCCCGACCACAAGAUGGGUGGCAGUUACAACUACAUGGUAAAUGAUUUGUCUUGUUGGCUUCUUCCAACUGGCUUCCUUUAGAGACUGACCUUGGUUGCAUCGGCAUACCUUGCAUACGCAUUUCAGACCUACACAAUGUUUGAUCAAAUUUUCUGGCGAGCCACGGCGUCGCAGAUCAACCGCUGGCGACGGAAGACGCUCAAGCUCGGUCCGACCAGCCUCGAAGCGAUGCAACAACACAAGAUCCCCUUUUUGUACAACAACAGUCCCGUCAUCAUGCCGCCUCCCCUUGAUUGGCGUGAGAAUAUUCACGUGACAGGCUAUUGGAUUCUCGACAAUCCCGACGAUUCGAGCUCCUCGCGCUGGGAACCACCCCAAGACCUGCUGGACUUCAUGAAUGAAGCCAAGGAAAAGAACAAGAAGAUUGUUUUCAUCGGCUUCGGUUCGAUCAUCAUCCCCGAUCCGGAAGGGAUGACGCGCACGAUCACAGCCGCGGUCCAGAAGGCUGGGGUGUACGCGAUCGUCGCCAAAGGAUGGUCCGAGCGUGCGGCGAGCAAACACGACAGCGAGGAGGAGAAGCAGCGGCUCAAGGAGCAGGAGAAGAAGCAGGCCGAGGUCCUUAACAAGCCUUUCAUCUACAAGAUCAAGUCAAUUCCGCACGACUGGCUGUUCCCCAAGAUCCACGCGGCCGUGCACCACGGUGGUGCGGGCACGACGGGAGCGUCCCUCCGCGCUGGCUUGCCCACCAUCAUCAAGCCUUGGUUCGGCGACCAACACUUUUACGCCGAUCGUGUUCAGACCUUGGGAGUGGGAACGGCAGUCCGACACCUCACGGUCGAAACCCUCGCCAGUGCCAUUCACAAGGCCGUCACAGACGAAAAGCAGAUCGACCGUGCCAAGUUGGCGGGCCAGCAGAUCCGCAAGGAAGACGGUGUCGGAACCGCCAUCGAGUGCAUCUACCGCGAUCUCGAGUACGCCAAAUCUCUGAUCCCGCCUCCUCCCCACGUGUCGAAGCGCAAGUCGACCGACUCGGCGGGUCACCAAGAUGUCAUAGCGAGAAAGGCCGACCAGACGGCCAAGUCGUCGCCGAUCAACCCUUCCUCGAGCGAUGAAGCCAGCUGGGAUGUCGUUUCAGGUGGAGGGUCGGGUUCCGCCAGCGGUCGUGGUGAGCGAUGGGACGACGACGAGAUGAGCGAACUUGGGUCGACGCCGACCAAGUCGCGUGGAGCCAGCGAGACGAGGCAUCCGUCGGAUCAAGGUUCGGUCCCGGCGCCGAUCGCCCUUACAACCAAAGUGUUGGAAUCCUUGGGCGUCACGAGUUAUGGAUCGAGUCCAAAGUAGAAGUAUCUCCCCCCAGGUCGUGCUCGCCCCUGUACAUACCUAUCGACCGCUCGCGCACUGCUUGUUCUUUUUUCCCUCUUUGUCAGGCUAGAGGCUGUCGCCGGCACGGGCCCCUAA